AUGUUUUUAACGAUUAUAACAAACAUAUCUUGUUGUUUUUUCUUUAGAUUUUAUGAAAGUGAUAACUCAGAAGUAGCCGAUGAAGCAAAUGUCUUACCCAAAAAGAAUUUAAAAAUCCCAACUAAAAGUUUUGAAGAAAUUAGUGAAAGUUCAUCUGAUCUUGAUCCAACUUUAAUUUGUGAUAAUUUUUCAUAUAGUGAUAAUACUUUGCUGUUAGAGAUACCAUCUAAUCAUAAAACAACCAUCUCUAAUAAAUUCAACAUUAAACUUGAACCAAGUGAUGUGAAAAUAAAAUUUGAUAAUUCACAAUUUAAUGCAAAAAUAAGUUGUAAUGAUAUUUUAAUAGUUUGGGAUGAAAUAAUAGAAGAUUCAGAAAACGUUAAAAAAAAGAACGGUAGUAUAAAAGGAGAAUUUUUCUAUAACGAAUAUGGAAAGAAACCAAGAAAUUUUCUAAUUGAGGGUAAAAUUAAUUACUUUUUUGAUUCAAAGACUUCCAAGUAUUCCAAAAUAACUGGGAUGAUGCAUUCAACACUUUGUAUAGAAAAUAAAAAAAUUGAGAGUGACUUAAUAAUUGAUGCUGAAUUAGAUGUUCAAUAUAAAAAUGAUUCUUGCACAAUUGAAGGUGAAAUUAAUCUUAAUUUUGCUUCUAAAUAA